UUAAAAAUUGCAAAACAUAAAUCACUAUAAAAAUGAAAACAAAUAUUAUUUUAGUAAUAAUUUUCAUGUUAAAUACCAAAUGCCUAUGUCAAUUCUAUGCAUUUGAUGAUGACGUACCAUCACUGUCAGAAGCUGAUGAACGAAUAAUAAAUUUGACAUUGUUGACAAAAAAUGUUCUAGAACAUUAUCAAAACCCAGAUCCUGUAGGAUUACCAGAAGCUAUAGUACCACCAUACUCAGACCCUGAACCUAUACCUGAUAAUGAAACCCCUUUGUGGAGUAUGCACAACUCAACAAUGAGAGGUCAUUCGAAAUUCAGAUUAAAAAAAUUAUACGUAAAUUUGGUUGAUUUACAGUUAGAAUUUGGAAUAUCAAUUGAUACAUUAGUGGUAGUAGGUAAUUAUUCAUAUUGGAAAAUGUAUGAUGGAUAUUAUAAUGUAACACUCAUACAACUACAUAUUGAUGGUCACUUGAGUCUACAAGUAAGUGAGACAGGACAUCUGGAGACUAAUAAUUUGAAUAUGAAUAUGAACUAUGAUAGUUUACAUAUGGAUACAGAUAAGUUAAAUAUACCAUUUUAUGACAGUUUUGUUAAUAGCUUUACACAUUUUGUUGUUCAAACUAUUAAGCCCAUCAUUAUGAAACUGAUUAACGUAAUGAUAAAAGAAGAACUUAAUCAAAAAAUGAAACACUUUAAACGUUUUCCUAAUACAAUACCACCUGUGGAUUUGCUGAUAGCUGAGAGUCGUCAACAAAUAAAAUCAAUGGGAUUUGAUCCAUGGCGCGUGGAAGACUUAGUAAAUGCAGUAAAUUUCAAUAUAUUUAGUUUGGAUGUUAAUGAAAUAUGGAUAUCUGGCUUAUCUAGUAUAUAUAGAUUAGGAGAUAUUCAUAUAAGUAUACAGAAUCAAACAAUUAUAUCAGUCAUACAUAUAGGAACUCAGGAACUAAAAGGUCAUUGUCAAUGGAAAAUUGGAGCAGCAGGAAUACUAAAAACGACAGGCGUUUUAAGUUUUUCAAUUGAUUAUAUACAGCUUGAGGCUAAUGUAACUCAGCCAAUGGACACCAGAUUGGCUCCAUUUUUAAAUGAGUUUGGUUUAUCGGUAGGAAACAUUCAAUUACGUAUGGAUGGAGCAGGUACACUUGAUUAUUUAGCUGAAGCUCUUGUCAAUAUUUUUCCCAAUAUUUUAAGAAAUAAAAUAGUAGAUGCAAUGGAACUUCCUAUUAAGAAAAGAAUACAAGACUUUUUAGAUAAAGUUGAUGUGCAAGAAAAAAUUGAACAAAGGAUUCCACCAAUAAUAGAUAAAAUGAUGGAACAUAAUAUCACAGACAUAUUUAAAGAGAAUGAGAUAUUACAUGAAGAUAUUAAUAUUGUUAGUAAGGAAGAUUUUUAGCAUACAUAUUCAGAAAACUCCUAUAGAAAAAUUAAAAAAUAAUAAUAAAAUAUGAGAAACUAUUUUAACUGUGAUAUUAGGGACAUACAAUUUUGGGACAAAAUAUAAUUAGAAGCCU